AGAAUUAUUUGCCCCCUUUGCUCUCUAGCUGAUCUUCCUCUCUGACAACUGUUUGUUUAUCUGGCUCUUAGUACAGUGCUUUUGUUAUCGGGAAGGUACAAUAGUCUAUGGGAAUAAAGAGUUACUGGUAAAAUGCCAGAGCCCACAAAGAAAACAGGAUCUACUUUCACUGGACAACAAAAGACUGUUCAAGUAGCAGGUGGCAGUAGAACUGAGAUUACAACUCAGACAGUCAAGACUGGGGUCCAGGUAAAAUGGCAAGACGGAAAAGGUGAAAAAACUGUCACUCAAACAGAACAAACAAAGCACACGGUAAUUGUUGAUAAUAAAGUAAUCAAAGAUGAAGUUUCAAUUGUGAGUGCGGAUUCUAAAGAAAAGAGCGACCUUAAAGAAGCGAUUAAAGCUGCAGAAACCACCGUAAUACCACCCCCACGACCAGAUGGUGGAGAAGAGCAAAACAAACCCAAAGAGGAUGCACCUGAAGUAGCUAAAGCGCAACCCAAACCCAAAGAGGAUGCGCCUGAAAAGGCGAAAGAUGAAGAUGAGUCUUCUGUUAGUACUCCUUCUCCAGGUGAAAAUGUUCCAUCUACAGAAAGGAAAGAUUCUGGAGGACAACCAGAUGAUGCUGUUAAUUCUCAACGGUCCACUUUAUUCAUUGAUAAACCAACUAGUGGAUCUGUAAAUGUGGGGGGAGAUAUUAAAUUUAUUGCAAAAGUGGAAGCAAAAGACCUUCUGCGCAAACCCGUUGUUAAAUGGCUGAAAGGUAAAUGGAUGGACUUAGCAAGUAAGGCUGGAAAGCAUCUCCAACUCAAGGACACAUUUGAUCGCAUAAACAAGACAUACACAUUUGAAAUGCAAAUCAUAAAGGCAAAGGAGAACUAUGCUGGAAACUACAGAUGUGAAGUCACUUAUAAGGACAAAUUUGAUAGCUGCUCUUUUGAUCUUGAAGUUGUUGCUGGCGCUGAUGCUUCACAAGCUAUUGACAUCAGAUCUGCUUUCAAGAGGAGUGGUGAAGGACAAGAGGAUGCAGGAGAACUUGACUUUAGUGGUCUCCUGAAACGUAGAGAGGUGAAGCCAGAAGAAGGUCCAGAGAUAGAUGUGUGGGAGAUUCUUAAGAGUGCUAGUCCCAAUGAAUAUGAGAAGAUUGCAUUUCAGUAUGGCAUCACUGAUCUGAGAGGCAUGUUGAAGCGUCUGAAACGCAUGCGCAGGGAAGAAAAGAAGAGCGAAGCAUUUUCUAAGAAACUGGAUCCAGCUUACCAGAUUGACAAGGGAGGACGGGUGAGAUUUGUUGUUGAGCUUGCAGAUCCAACAGUUGAACUAAAGUGGUAUAAAAAUGGACAGGAAAUUCGCCCAAGUACAAAGUACAUAUUUGAACAUAAAGGGAACCAGAGAAUAUUGUUUAUUAAUAACUGCACUUUAGCAGAUGAUGCGGCUUACCAGGUCUGCGCAGGAGAUGAAAAAUGUUCUACAGAAUUGUUUGUCAGGGAGCCACCGAUUUUGGUUACAAAAGAGCUGGAAAAUAUCAGUACAUAUUGUGGAGAAAGAGUGGAAAUGGAAUGUGAAGUUUCAGAAGCAGAAGCUAAUGUGAAAUGGUUUAAAAAUGGUGUGGAAAUUACAAAUGAACCCAGAUCAAGGUACAGAGUGAAGGUAGAUGGUAAGAAGCACACUCUAAUCAUUGAUGAAGCAGACAGAGGAGAUUCAGCAACUUAUUCAGUCAUGACCACUGGAGGACAGUCAGCAGCACAACUCCAAGUUGAUUUGAGGCCACUGAAGAUAUUACAGCCAUUAACUGACACAACUGUUAAUCUUGGCAAAGAAAUUAAUCUGAAGUGUGAAAUCUCUGAAAAUGUUCCAGGAAGAUGGUACAGAAAUGGGCAACUAGUUCAAGGCAGUGACCGCAUAAAGUUAUUUCAUAAAGGAAGGAUCCACAGAUUAGUCAUAGAAAAUGCUCUAAUUGAAGAUGCAGGGGAUUAUGCUUUUGUUCCAGAUCUCUAUUUAAUAAAUAUUCCUGCUAAUAUACAUGUCAUUGAUCCUCCAAGAAUCCACUUUGAUUCACUAAAUUACCCAGACAACACAGUGGUUGUGGUAGCAGGAACAAAGCUAAGACUGGAGGUCCCGGUUACUGGAGAGCCAGCUCCAAAAAUUAUCUGGAGUAGGGGAGAUAAGUGGAUUACAGAUCUUAGUGGUCGUGUCCGAGCCGAGUCUUAUCCUGAUCAUGGCCUUCUGGUUAUUGACUCAGCUGAGAAGGAAGAUACUGGGACCUAUAGAAUUAUGGUAAAGAAUGAGGCCGGAGAAGCUGUAGCACACAUUAAAAUAAAAGUUGUAGAUAUCCCUGAUGCCCCACAAGCUCCUGAUGUAUUAGAGGUUGGGGAAGAUUGGUGUUCUAUGAAAUGGGAGCCACCAAGCUAUGAUGGAGGAUGCCCAAUUUUGGGAUACUUCAUUGAAAGAAAGAAAAAACAGAGUUCAAGAUGGAUGAGGCUAAACUUUGACCUCUGCAAGGAAACCAAUUUUGAACCCAAAAAAAUGAUUGAAGGUGUUGCAUAUGAAGUUCGAGUCUUUGCUGUCAAUUCAAUCGGGAUAUCCAAACCAAGUAUGCCCUCUAAACCAUUUGUUCCAAUUGCUGUCACAAGCCCACCCACUCUUUUGGUGGUAGAUGGAGUGACAGAUACCUCAGUCACAAUGAAAUGGAGGCCCCCAGAUCACAUAGGAGCUGCAGGUUUAGAUGGCUAUAUCAUUGAAUAUUGUUUUGAAGCAGGAGGAGAUAAGAAGCAGGAAAAGCCUGAUUUUUCUGAGACGGAGAUGGAAAUAUUAGUGGAUGGUGUUUCCAAACAUGGGUCACAUAUUUGUGGUGCCCUAUCUGCCAAAACUACUAAGGCAGAAAAAAGUAAGAUAUGGGCAGACAUCCAAGCAAAACUUAAUGCUGUGGGGGGAAAUAACAGGUCUGUUGCUGAGAUUAAAAAAUGCUGGAAUGGGCUGAAAAAACGCACAAAGGAAAAAAUAAUACAAAAAGAGCCGUUAAGCACACCGGAGAAUGAGAAUGAGUCGGCACCUACUAAGGCACUAACUCCCCUGGAGAAACGCGUGGAGGCCAUGUUGCAACUUGAGCAAAUGGAGGGAUCUCCUGAGAUUGAUGAUGAUGAUGAUGAUGAUCUUCAGGAAGAUGUACAUAGAGGAGGAGCAAACAAGACGGAGUUUACUGAUCAGGAGUUAAACACUUUAUUGGAUAAUAUUGCCAAAUUUGGGCCCCAGCUAUUUGGAGCCAAAACCAGUGCUGCAGAUAAGGAUAAAUUAUGGGCAGACAUCCAAAAACAUAUUAAUGCUGUGGGGGGCAAUAACAGGUCUAUUGAUGAAAUUAAGAAGGAAUGGAAUAAACUGAAAAAAAAGACAAAGAAAAAAUUGGAUCACAAUAAAACUGAGUUGUUGCUGCAAAAAGAAGGAGAAACUGCCGAAAUCCAUGUAUUAACUCCUUUAGAGAAGCGUGUGGAAGUUAUAUUGCAAAUAAAAGAAAUUGACUCUGAGGACUUCAUUGAGGAACCAGAAGAAGCGGACGAGUGGAUAGUUGCAAAUCCAGAACUGACGGAUAAAACAAGGUUUACAAUCAAUGGACUUCCAACUGGCUCAAAAAUCUUUGUCAGAGUUAAAUCUGUAAAUGCUGCUGGCCCCAGUGACCCCAAGAUAUAUCCACAGGCUAUUCUGGUUAAAGAGGUUAUAGUGCCUCCCAAGAUUCGCCUUCCCCGACAUUUAAAACAAACCUAUAUCAAAAAAGUAGGAGAAGCUGUAAAUCUUGUAAUCCCUUUCCAGGGAAAGCCUAGACCAAAGGUAUCCUGGAAAAAGAAUGGUUCUCACAUUGACAAAACACAAGUCAGUAUUCGCAACAGUGAAUGUGACACAAUAAUGUUUAUUAGAAAAGCUGAAAAGAGCCACUCUGGGAAAUAUGAUUUGAAAGUGAAAGUUGAGAACCUGCAGGAUAAGGCCUCAAUAUAUAUUCAAAUUGUUGAUCUGCCAGGACCUCCUCAAGCAGUAGUAAUUGAGGAUGUGUGGGGAGAGAAUGUUGCAUUAGAAUGGAAGCCCCCACAAGAUAAUGGCAAUGCUGCUAUCACAGGAUACACCAUACAAAAGGCUGAUAAAAAAACAAUGGAAUGGUUCACCGUCCUGGAGCACUAUCAUAGAACCAGUGCCACCAUAUCAGAACUUGUCAUAGGAAAUGAGUACUACUUCCGAGUUUUCUCUGAAAAUAUGUGUGGUCUCAGUGAGACUGCCACAAGGACUGUAAAUAGCGCACUUAUUGAGAAGGAAGGUAAAGCCUACAAACGACCUGAGUACUCAGACUUUGAUUUCACAGAAGCACCACAAUUUACUCAUCCUCUGGUUCAAACAGUGGCAAUAGCAGGAUAUAAUGCCACUCUUAACUGCAGUGUCAGAGGGAACCCUAAGCCUAAAAUUACUUGGAUGAAAAACAAAGUGGUUAUUAUGAAUGAUCCCAGAUACAGAAUGUUUAGUAACCAGAGUGUGUGCACACUAGAAAUUCGCAAGCCAAGUCCCUAUGAUGGUGGUACAUACACAUGUAAAGCUGUAAAUGACUUGGGUGAAGCUGAAGUUGACUGCAAGCUGGAGGUGAAAGGGUCAAUAGGCGGAGAACCUUUCGACUUGUGGAAACAGAAGCAGUUGCACAAUAAGGAAUUUUGAAUGUGUAUUGUCAUCUAAGGUGGACUUCCAUUUUUUCGCCUUCUCAUGCAAGGUGUGCCUUUGCCUGUCAUUGAUUCUUACAUUCGAGAGUUGAACGCAAGUAAGCAGGAGAGACCAUGAGCAAGUCCAGAAUCAGCUGUUGCGCUAUUGUGUUGGAGUCUGGGCACUGUGAAACCGUUCUGAUAGUGAAUCUCUAAAGUGUAGUCAUUUUCUGCUAUAUUUUUCUUUGUUAAAAAUAAAAUUCUUGCAUGAGGGAUAAAAAAAAUAUGCUUUACAAGGUUCCACUUGUUUGUGUUUUGCUUAGAGCUUUUAAACAGUACAUUUCCAACAUGAAUGAUAAAAAAAUCCUAACAUGAAGUGGUAGAAUACUUGUUUGGCUACAAAGUUAUAGCUACUGCAAUAAGGCAGAAUCAUAAAAAUACCAUUGAUGUACAACUGCCGUCACAUCACAUUUUGUUUUUUUUAUUCUAAGCAGGUCUGUUCAUUUAUUUUAUUGCAUUGUCCAGCUAUUUGUUCACUUUGAUUUUACUGGAUUAAAAACUGUAAAAGAAUGUUAUGUCAUUCAAAUGUAUAAUAAACAAGAAAGAGUUUUCCAUC